GACCGACCAGGCUUAGAGCUCUGCUCGAGGUGCAGGGUCACGCGCUGCGCUGCCGUCGCUACUGGAGUACAAUCGGCUCCCACAGUAAAACCGAGAUGGUGGUGUACGAGGUGACUCUCCGAACGUCGCGGGUGCCACGCUCCGGCUCUUACUGCAGCGUGCAGAUCACUCUGAUUGGUGCGCAAGGCGAAAGUCCGCCCACGUCAUUGGACCACGAGUGCCAGUGCCUAACCCCUGGUUCGGCCUGUGCAGUGACAGUGAAGGCGGAGGCAGCUCUAGGCCCGGUGGUGCUGGUGCGGCUGCGUUUGCAGGCCCGAUCCGGCUUCCCCGAGCAGGACUGGCACUGCGAGGCCGUGGAGGUGAGCAGCUGCAGCAUGGCCGGCCGCCAGGUACAGCAGUUCCCCUGCAAUAAGUGGCUGCGGCCAGCAGAUGGAGACAUUGAGCUGCGGAACGGGCAGGUUUGUACUGUGAACUCAGAGACUCUGCAGAUACUGAAAGAGCACAGAGCCAGAGAGCUUCAGACCAAACAGCAGCAUUUCAGGUGGAAGACAUUCGCAGAGGGAGUCGCAAGCUGUGUGGACUUUAACAGCCUGAAGCCACUGGAACCCAACCUCAUUUAUACUCGCCAGAGCCCGGGGACUGAGACGUACUAUCUGAAGGGCUUUACUGACAGGAGCUGGAGCAGCUUCGAGGAGCUCUGCACACUGUUCACCUUCAAUAUCGGAGACAACAGCGCUGCAAAGUUCGUUCAGUCCCACUGGUCAGAAGACUCGUUUUUCGGCUAUCAGACCCUAAAUGGCUGCAACCCCCUGAUGCUGCGACAGAUCCACCAGGUCCCGCCCAACCUGUCCGUCAGCUCAGACAUGCUCCGCCCAUUCCUGCCAGAGGGCUCCUCAUUGGAGCAGGAGAUGGAGAGAGGAACCCUUUAUAUCCUGGAUUAUAAAGUUCUGGACGGAGUUCCGGUCAACAAGAUCAACGGAAAGCAGCAUUACCUUGCGGCGCCUCUGUGCCUUCUGCACUACAGCCAGCAGGGGGAGCUGAAGCCCAUCGCCAUUCAGCUGCAGCAGACACCUGGACCACAGAAUCCGGUGUUUGUGCCCUCUGACUCGGAAGCCGAUUGGUUGCUGGCCAAGAUGUGGGUCAGGUGUGCAGAAUUCCAGUGUCACCAGCUGCUUAUCCACUUCCUGUACACUCACCUGCUCGGAGAGGUGUACUGCACUGCCACCCUCAGGCAGCUUCCCGAAGUGCACCCGCUGUACCAGGUGCUCAUGCCGCAUGUGUGGACCACUCUGCAAAUCAACAUCCAGGCCCGACUGUCACUCUUGGCCCCGGGUGGCGUGUUUGACAAGUUUGCUGCCGUCGGUUUGGAGGGGAUACCAGUGCUAUUGCAGAAAGGCACAGAGCAGCUGAGGUACAGCGCCCUCUGUGUGCCGGAGGACCUGAGUGACAGGGGCGUGGGAGGCCUCCCCAUAAACUACUAUUCCCAGGAUGCACUAAGAGUGUGGGGUGCUCUACACAGGUUUGUAGGGUCCUGGGUGGACCUGUACUACCCGAGUGACAGGGACAUCCAGCAGGACACAGAGCUGCAGAUGUGGAUCCAGGAGAUCUUCACAUACGGGGCCCUGGGACAGAGCGACACAGGCUUUCCUCAAGCCUUCCAGUCAAAAACGGAGCUCAGCAAGUUUGUUACCAUGGUGAUCUAUAGCUGCUCGGCGCUGCAUGCUGCUGUGAACUUCUCCCAGACAGAUUUUAGCCUGUGGAUGCCAAACUGCCCGGCGGCCAUGGCCUGCCCCCCUCCGCAGUCCAAGGGCUCCGUGAGCAGGGAUGACCUGCUGUCCAUCCUGCCCCCGGCCAACGCCACCUGCAGCAUCCUCACCACCCUUACCUUGCUGUCCCGACCAUCCCUGGACUUUGUUCCUCUGGGCCAUUACCGUGAGGCCCACUUCAGCAGUGGUGCCCCCCGGAGGCUUGUGGAAACACUGCAGAUAGAGCUGAAAGUCGUCAGCAGGGAGAUUGCGGAGAGGAACCACAAGCUGCUGCUGCCAUACCCUUACCUGUCUCCAGAUCGCAUUGAGAACAGUGUGGCCAUCUGAUCACCACAGGAAGUGGCCCACAGGAAGUGUGACAACACUGUAGCAAUCUUUAUCAACCCCACACAACUGCAUGCUUUUAUAUAUAACAUUCAGAUAUUUACAGACAGCCAUUACGUGCUAACUUGUAGCUUUUACAGAUUUAAAUUUCUUUCUUUUGAUGCUCAGCUCAACCGAACGCAUGUGUUGCAUGUUGCAAGAAUGAUAAAAGUUUGGGCACAUUUUCCUAACUGAUUCCUGAACAGGAUAAAUAACACUGGACAAGAGUGCAAUAUCAUCCACACAGUCUCAAAGAACAGGGAGGUACCCAGGCGUCUGUCCAGACCACAGGAUCUAUUUGCCAAAUCUCACAGUCUCAGGCUUACUGUUUCAUGUACAAGUUUACUCUUUUUAUUAUACAUGUAAUGCUAUUGAAAUUAUGGGGAAUAAAAUGUUUUGGAAUUGGAAGUAUU